AUGAGUGGCAGUAGUAGCUCAAUCUUGAAAGCAUUAAAACUAAAGAAUCCAAAGCUCCUAUUGCUAGAAUCCUGCUCUUGUUUCUCCCACCUAAAGAUCAUCCAUGGCCAUAUGAUAAGAACCCAUAUCAUCCUUGAUGUGUUUGCCGCCAGUCGCCUAAUUGCCGUAUGCAUAAACCCUAAAUUUCGAUCUAGUUUACUGGAUUAUGCCUUACGUGUCUUCUCCCUAAUUCAAAACCCUAAUCUUUUUAUUUACAACGCAUUGAUUCAGGGUUUUUCUGGUAGUGAAAACUCACACCAGUCCAUAUAUUUUUAUUCCCAGUUGCAAUGCCAAGGCCUGGUUCCAGAUAAUAUAACAUUCCCAUUUUUAGUUAAGGCUUGCACUAAAUUGGGGUCUAAAGAUAUGGGAAUUCAAGUUCAUGGUCAGAUUAUUAAACAUGGAUUUGAAACUGAUGUAUAUGUGCAAAAUUCUCUUGUUCACAUGUAUGCUACGUGUGGAGAUAUAAAGCCUGCAAGUGAAAUCUUCAGCAGAAUGCAUCAUUUAGAUGUGGUUUCUUGGACCUCAAUGAUUGCUGGUUAUAACAAAUGCGGUGACGUUGAAUCAGCACGCGUGUUGUUUGAUAAAAUGCCGCACAAGAACUUGGUUACAUGGAGUACAAUGAUCAGUGGGUACGCGAAAAACAAUCAAUUCAAUAAAGCUGUGGAGUUGUUUCAAAUCCUUCAAGAUAAACGUGUUAGAGCAAAUGAGACAGUUAUGGUUAGUGUGAUAUCUUCAUGUGCUCAUUUGGGUGCUCUUGAGCUAGGAGAAAAGGCUCAUAACUAUCUAAUUAGGCAUAAUUUGAAAGUGAAUUUGAUACUGGGAACAGCUCUAGUUGACAUGUAUGCAAGAUGUGGGAGUAUAGAGAAAGCGAUUCACGUGUUUGAGGAGCUACCGGAAAGGGACACGCUAAGUUGGACAACUCUCAUCGCAGGACUUGCAUUACAUGGCAAUGCGGAGAGAGCUCUGAAAUACUUUGAAGGAAUGUUGGAGACAGGUUUAGCCCCGAGAGACAUUACAUUUACUGCAAUUUUAUCAGCUUGCAGCCAUGGCGGAUUGGUAGAGAAAGGUUUGGAGAUUUUCGACAGCAUAGAAAGAGAUUAUGGUAUUUAGCCUAGAUUGGAACACUAUGGAUGUGUAGUUGAUUUAUUAGGCAGAGCAGGGAGGUUAGCUGAAGCUGAGAAAUUCGUUCUUGAUAUGCCCGUGAAGCCGAAUGCCCCGAUAUGGGGGGCAUUGCUCGGAGCUUGCAGGAUUCACAAGAACGCCGAGAUUGCAGAAAGAGCAGGAAAGAUAUUGAUCAAGUUGCUGCCUGAACAUAGCGGCUACUAUGUGCUGCUCGCUAACAUUUAUGCACGAGCGAACAAGUGGGGAAAUGCAGAACAUAUGAGGCAUAUGAUGAAGGAAAAAGGUGUUAAAAAACCACCAGGUUACACUCUAAUUGAGAUAGAAGGAAGAGUUCAUAAAUUUACCAUUGGAGACGAAGCACACCCAGAAAUUGAAAACAUCGAGAGAAUGUGGGAGGAGAUUGUUCGGAAGAUAAGAUUGGCAGGAUAUACUGGGAAUACGGAGGAGGCAUUGUUUGAUGUAGAUGAAGAGGAAAAAGAAAGUUCACUUUACAGGCACAGUGAGAAGCUUGCCAUCGCAUUUGGGAUUAUGAAGACUAAAGCUCGAACACCAAUUCGUAUAGUGAAAAACUUAAGGGUUUGUGAAGAUUGCCACACUGCUACAAAGCUGAUCUCUAAAGUUUUUGAUCGAGAGUUAACCGUGAGAGACCGGAACCGGUUCCAUCAUUUUAGAGAAGGUGUUUGUUCUUGUAUGGAUUAUUGGUAAUACAUACCAUCCUUGAAUGAAUGAUUUGA